CAACAACCAACAACCUCAGCAUUUACUCGCAGUUAUCCUCUCCAACUCCUCACCAUUACCAAUAUCAAACCACCUACCUCCAACCUUCCACCAACCCACCAACCCAUCAACAACCACACCCAAACCGAAUCCACACCCUCAAACCAAAAUGCCCCAACCAACACCACCACCCCCGACGAAACCGCAAGAAACCCUGACCUUCACCAAAAAGAACCAAAACAUGACCAAACUUCCAAAAUACGCAAAAAUCACCAAACGGCCGAUCCCGCACCCAACCCCCUCAACACCCUACACCGGCUCCAGUGUCCCAAAAACCAUCUACGUCUCGACGACCACCCCGAAAAUGAGCGUCGUGACGCGCGUCCGCAAGCUGCUGCGGCAGGCCGAGAAGCGCGCCACCAGUGGCUUACAUUCCACCAAAGGGCGAGGCGGUAAAACGCAAGCGGAGCGGGUGGCGCAGGUGCAGGAGGCGCUGCGGCGGGAGGAGGUGCAUGUCAAGGCGACGGGGCGGGCGAUUGCGAAGGCCGUGGCGGUUGGGGAGUAUCUGCGGGAUGCGGCGGGGGGUGCCGAGUUUCGGGUUACGGUGACGACGGGGAGUGUGUUGGUUGUGGAUGAUGUGGAGGUUGAUGUUGAC